CUCCCACUGCUGUUUUUUAAAAAAUUUUAAAAUUAUAUUUAUAGCUCUAUAUCAGAAAAUCCCCAACGUUCUUCUUGCGGCUCCUUUGGCUCUUUAUCCAUGGCGGACUACGAAGGCCACCACCACCAGAAGGAGACGGCAUUGCAAGCCUUGAACACCAUCAUCCAGCUUCACUUCGAGAAGACUCUAGAGAAGAAGCGCGCCAUUGAUCUCCAGAAGAAGGAGCUUCACAAGCUCUUCCAGAUUUUCUUCAUCUUCCUCAGCCUCGUCUUCCUGACUCUCUCCAGUUCCUCUCGCCUCCAGUGCCGCCAUUGCUGGAUCCCUAUCUCACUCCUCUCCCUCGCCCACCUCAUCUUCUACGUCUCCGUUGCCCAGACCCUCCGCUGCAUCAACGCCUUCAAGUACCAGCGCCGAUGCCACAAGCUCACCCUGGGCUUAGCCACGGAGAAGCUGAGGGAGAUGAAGAUGAAGCUGCAGAGCGGGAAUGAAUUCGACGGAGUAGGGGACGAGGAGUUCGAGAUUCACUACCAGGAACCACCAGAGAGCUAUUUCGGCAAGUUCAAGAGGAAUUGGGCUCUCCAUUUUGGCUUCUUGAUCUUGAUCUACGGCUUUAUGGUAUCUGCUUCUGUUGUCCUUCUCUGUUUUUAGAUCUUACUUCUUCUGUGGUAGAUCCCAAGAUCCAUAUAUCUGAACUGAAUUAAAAUAUGUAUUCACUCUAUUUCAUUUCCAAUCCGGAAACAUUAGAUCUAGCCAUUAGUUUAAGAUUGUGAAUUUGUGUGUAAGUGAGGGGGAAACAGUUAUUAUUUUCAGCGAAAACAUGCUCUUUUUCUAUCCCUCCCAGUCUUCCUCACCAUACCUUUUCA